AGUACCGGCGGUAGCUUUCGCCUCAAUCGUACACAGUCGACAAAUCGCUCUCUCAACGAAGGCAAAGCGGCUCCUGCUCAGUCUCCUCAGGCGACCACAUCGAGCUCUUCUAAGGUCAAACCUCGCCGUACCGUCGUUACCAUAACUCCCAAUACGGAAUUGACUGAGCCGAACGGAGGCGAUACAAUUCAGGAGGCUAGUAAACGGGAAGGAGUCCCGCUUGCUGUCUGA